ACUAUGACAGCGCUUUUCAAUACGAUUAUGAAUCGUUGAGGAUUGGUGGCCUAGUUUUUGCCGCCGUGCUGUUCCUCCUGGGCAUCGCCCUCAUCGUCGGCAGGAAAUGUGCGUGUUCCAAGAGUGGCAAGUCUAGGUCACGGGAUCCUAAUGCAGAAUCAGGUGUCCCAAGAGCUUAACACCACAGACAGAGAGCAGCUGUUAUCACGCUUUACCACCAGAUGGCAGCAGUUGCAAUCCGUUCUGCACUUCACUUGGAGGAGCUCUUCAACCUACACUGCAGCCAUGGGCACCACAGAAGCAAUAUUUCCAGAACAAAGGGACUUUGAAUAUGAUGAAGACACGUUGAGGACUACAGGAAUGGUCCUCGCUAUCAUCAUGUUUGUUUCUGGCAUUUUGAUAGCCUUAAGUAAAAAAUGCACAAAAUGUGUCAAAUCCUCCCCCAAGUCAGCUGAUACCCAAAUUCCCAAGACAGAGGUGCCUCCUCCAGCUGUGUAGAACUUUAUUCUUAUGUGUAAAACCAAGACCAGCAAAUAUGCAACAUGCAAGUAUGUUUUGGCUGUUAAACCCCCGCUGGAUGAUUCCUACAAAUAAUACGUGAAGCUUGAUAUGACGCAUCUACUCUGAGGAAUGCAUUUAAAGCAACUAUAUGCAACAGUUUGUCGUAGAAAAUAACACUUAAUUGGUGCUACUUUUCUUUAUUUAUAUCUUUUUCUUUCAUUAAUGCUAUAUAUUGUACUUCAUGGUGUUGCACACUUAAAUCAACAUUCACCUUUUUCAAGCUUAGCAUUUAUUUUUCAUAAAUAAAAAAGGUGGCAAUAUAAUUGUCAAGCUUUUUUUUUGUAUCAUGUUUUAAAAACAAUUAUUUAUUUUGCACUAAUGAUCUGUUGGAAAAAAGCAAUGUUGAAGCAUGAAAAGAUAUGAAGAAACUUCAAUAAAAUGGUACUGAUAAUGCAGA